AUGGGUUUAAGAGCUCAACGAGAAGGCUCUGUUUCUAAUUAUAGGAAGAGAUUUGAAGCUGUAUGUCUUAAGGCUUCAAACUUACCGUGGCAACACCUAGAAGAGUGGUUCUUACAAGGCUUAAAACCCAAGAUACGAGAGGCAGUUCAUCAAUUGAGACCUGACGGUAUUGUGCAAAUGAUGGAUUUAGCAGUGUGGAUAGAAGGAAACCCAGGGAACAAUGGCGAAGUAGGCUCCAGAGGACUCUCUAGGACGUCCUUGUCAACAUCAAUAAGUUUCAGCUGUUUGAAAAGGGAAAGAGAAGAUUUGAUAACCAAGAAGGGGCACUUAGGGUCUGUUGAUCAACGGAGUGAGAAUCCUUAUGAUGAUAUGAUAUUACAAGUUAAAGGUCUGGUAGAGAACCGAGAGGUUAACAUCGAAAUAGAUUCAGGUGCUACUCAUAGCUUCAUUUCUAAGAAUUUGGUAAUUGAAUCUAAUCUUACUCACAGUGGGAAGCCGACAGAGAUUAUCUUAGGACAUGGAGACAAAGGUUUGGGAAGGUGCGAAACAGUAGCCAUUACUAUACUAGGCUUUGAAUUCAAGGAAGACUUGCGGGUGAUUGACCAGAGUGACGGUGAUGUGGUUUUGGGGUAUAGUUGGUUGGCUACUCUAGGAGAGACUGCUGUAAACUGGCAGGAACAUACAAUGUCCUUCCUGAUUGAGAAUGAAUGGAUUACCAUAAUUGCGACAGGAAGUGAGGCUGAGCAAAAUUCUGCAACUAGGUGGUCAGAUAGUAGUUGUUAA